GGAUUAUUAACCAAUAGCCUCGAAUUGUCUUGUUGUAUGACGGUAAAAGGACGUAAUCACUUUUAUUAAUCGGUACUCCUUCUAAAAACUGGAGCUGAAUUUGCUAAUCAUUCAAGAUUCAUUACUAAAUAAGCGACAAUUUAAUAACCCCCAGUGUCAGAUUGUUUGCCUUAUAAAAUUGGCAUACUAAAUUGGACUAAUCUUCAACCUGACAAAUCACUAAAAAUCUAAGCAUGCACUCCCAAAGAUUUGUUCAAACACAACAAAAAUAAAUAGAUAAAUAAAUACGACGUAACAGAACCGACACAACAACCUUAAAAAAUUAUUUGAAUAUAAUCAUUUCAGAGGGACUGCUGAAUUUGCUGCUUGCUCCAAAUUUUUUUUUGUUCCCACGUAACUGUUCGAUUUUUCGGAGCAAAUAAUGAUCAGUUUCCUUACCAGAUCGACGAAAGAGUAAACGACCCCUCCUCUGGGAAUUGCAACCCCCGGCUAAAAACCGAGUCAACCUUCCUUCCUUCCGUGGCAUAAGUCAGUCUAAAAAAGAAUUCUUUAGAGCCAUCAUCAUAUCUCAAAACCCCGGAUUGAACUCCAAGCUCUUUCCAAGCUGCCAAAAUAAAACCCAUUUAGCUUUUUUGCCUUUGAUUACUUUUAUAGAGACCCUUUUUGCUGUACUGAUCUGGGCUCUGUUACAAUUUCCAUAUUCAAUCUUCCCCUUUACCAACAAAUUGUUUUUCUCUUUUAGCAUAUAUAAAGCUUGUAAGCUGGUAGGGGUGUAUAACUUAUAAGGGAGAUUGAGUAGGAGAGAGAAAGAUGGAAAAGGUGGGGUUGGUGUAGUAGGAGUUGGUAGCAAACAGAGUAUGUCAUUAAUUAAACACCUAACUUGAGAAAAUUGGCAACAUUUAUACAUAGAUUAAUGGGAGAAUUUUGAGGAUUCACAUUAGAUCUUUCGUUUUAGGGGAUUGUUGUGUGGGUAGUUAUAAUUCUUGGGUUGAUGUUUAUGUAUGGUCCUCAAGCCUAAAAGCCACUAGCAAAUCAUGUUCUUCACCUAAUUAUGUCGAUGCAUUUAUGAAGGGUUUUCUGGAAGGAAGAACUGGUGGUGUCUCUUUGAAGUUUUCAUCAGAUGGGUAUUUGUUUGAGCCAACAAGUCAAAGCUGAGUUGCCAUUUUCCUCUGGCACAGAGGUAAUCUCAAGAAAUGUAAGUUCGGAUGGCACUUUAAGUACUUCAGGCAGCAGCAAGGCUUCAUCAUUCUCAAUACCUUUAACUCCACGGAGUGAGGGAGAGAUCUUACAGUCUUCCAACUUGAAGAGCUUCACUUAUAGUGAACUCAAAGCAGCUACCCGGAAUUUCCGACCUGAUAGUGUAUUAGGCGAAGGAGGCUUUGGCUCUGUUUUCAAGGGGUGGAUCGAUGAGCAAUCACUUUCUCCAUCAAAGCCUGGUGCUGGAAUAGUUGUUGCUGUGAAGAGACUAAACCAAGAAGGUUGGCAGGGACACAAGGAAUGGCUGGCUGAGAUAAAUUAUCUUGGUCAGUUGCGUCAUCCUAAUCUUGUGAAAUUGAUUGGAUACUGCUUGGAGGAUGAUCACAGACUUCUGGUAUAUGAAUGUAUGCCCAAGGGUAGCAUGGAAAACCAUCUAUUCCGAAAAGGAUCAUUCUAUGAACCUCUUUCUUGGAGUCUUCGUAUGAAAAUUGCUCUCGGUGCUGCAAGAGGGCUUGCCUUUCUUCAUAGUGCGGAGACAAAAGUUAUUUAUCGAGAUUUCAAGACUUCUAAUAUCCUUCUUGACUCGAACUUCAAUGCAAAACUCUCUGAUUUUGGCCUAGCCAGGGAUGGACCAACUGGAGACAAAAGUCAUGUCUCUACCAGGGUCAUGGGGACCUAUGGAUAUGCUGCUCCUGAGUAUCUCUCAACAGGUCAUUUGACUGCAAAGAGCGAUGUAUACAGCUUUGGUGUUGUUCUUCUGGAACUGCUGUCUGGGAAAAAGGCGAUAGAUAAAAAUCGGCCAACGGGGGAACACAAUCUGGUUGAAUGGGCAAAACCUUACCUUAGUAGCAAAAGAAGAAUGUUCCGCAUUCUCGAUGCUCGUCUUGAAGGCCAGUAUGCUAUGGGGCGAGCCCUGAAAGUUGCCAGCCUUUCUGUGCAGUGCUUAUGUAUGGAACCCAAGAUGAGGCCAUCCAUGGAUGAGGUUGUAACCACUCUGGAGCAACUCCAGGAAACAUCAAAUCAGGGGGAGAAGGAGAGGAAAUCAAACCGGCAUGGCCAUUCAAGCCACAGAGCCAGGCAUUGUGGGAAGAGUGCAGAAGAACCUCCUGGAAUGGUAGCUUAUCCAAGGCCUUCAGCUUCACCACUCUAUGCUUGAAUGAAGAAGAGGUUUUUGCAGUCCCAAAACAAUAAAUUCCCAGGAACUUCCAAGCAAUGUAUCAUUCUUAGUAGUAUAAGUGAUGUACAGCUUUUGUCAUGGUAAGGUCCAAAUUAAUAGUGACUGCUUUGCCAUGUAAUAAAAGACUACUACUUCCUCUUGGUUUUGUUAAUCGUGGAGAACUGGAGAUCAUUAAUUCUGAUUUUGAAGGAAAGAGUUAGUUUUUCUUUUUUCUUUGUUUUGUAGAGCUCUUGGGCUUCUUGUUGUAGACUUGUAGUCUUUCCAUAAGCUCUGUUCGGUUAGGUCUAGACUCUAGAUUAAAGAGGAAUUUAUUAGACAGCAGUUUGUAACACAUUAGAAGGUUAUCUGGCUGAGACAUAUAGUCGGACAAAAAUUUAAAUUUGAUCAAAAUGAGCAAUAGAAUGAAGAAUCCGUGAAUAUGAG